GGCUGUUCUGCUAGGCAUCUUUGGAGGUAGAAGAGGGUGCGUAUGGGCGCUUGAGCAGCUGGCAGAAGUAGUGGUUAUCCAUGAGCUCACAUGAGCUCAACCUGCUCCCCGUCUUCGCUCGCAUGCGCAGCGACCUCCAUGUCGUGCUCUCCCAGCGGGCGGCGUCACUCCGAUCUCACGCAGGCGAUACGGCCAUCCCUGGUGGUCGGUACGAGCUAGGCGAUGGUAGUCUAGAGGCGACGGCGAGACGAGAAGCAUGGGAGGAGAUUGGACUGCCAAUCGACGCGAGGAGGGUACGGAAGCUCUGCGAGUUGCAGCCCUUCUUGUCCGCCAAUGAGCUGGUGGUCACGCCGAUUGUGGUGCUCUUGAUUGAUCCGAUGAUCAAGCCAUCCCUCAACCCGACCGAGGUAGAGCGCCUCUUCUCCCUCCCCCUUCGCGCCUUCUUACAGCAUCACCCGCAUCCUGAACUCCGUCUCGCACUUAAGCUGGGAGAGGAGCCGACUGAGCAGGAUCCAGUGAACGCACCUUGGUCAGAGGAGUCAGGCCCGUCAGACUGGCAUACAUGCAGGGACGUCAGGUGGUUCGACAGGAGAGUGAGGAGGCAUACGUUUUGGGAUCGACGCAACCCGGUGAGAGGCUUGACGAGCGACAUCCUCAUCCAUUGUGCGGCCUUGGCGUACGGGAGCACACCCACCUUCACCAACUUGGCGCCUAAUCAGCCCUCCCAGGCCGCCCUCAUCUGGCUAGCUUUCAAGGGCCCCAUGGCGACGAGGAGACGAAGAGUGCGGCCGAGAAUGAGCGGGCUUGAGCAGCCGAAAGAUGACGAUGAGAAGGGGGAGUCAUUUAGGAUCAAGCCGGACGAGAAUGGGGCUGGGCAAACAAAGGAAGUGGGUAGCAGCGGCAGCAGCGGCGGCGGUAAUGCCGGGGUCACGACGCCGCGGGCAAGUUCGAGACUGUAGUGAUGAUCGUCGGGAAAGAGGCGCUGGUCGACGUUGUCCUGUAAUACCAUCGUGCUAAUCAGCAUCGUUCGCAAC